AUGUUUUUGAUAAAACUAAAAUCAGAAUCCGCUACCAACAUCACCUCUGAGAGACAAGAUUCUACUGUGGGGUUAAAGAAAGAGACUCCACGACCAAGGAGUUGCCCUGCCGGACAGCUCUCGUCCACCACGCGCUUUAUCAAUAGGAAGUCCUUCAGGCUGGACGAGCUGAGGACUUCCUUUGAGGAGAGGGUUGAGGAGCUGGCCCAGACUUUCAGUGAUACCCUGGAAGCCAAGUCCAAAAAGCGCUGGGAUUCUGGGCUUCAUCGUUUUCAGGCCCUCUGUAAGAAGACGUCCUCUUUGGGCGGAGACAUCCAUCACCCCAUUUCCCUGAGCAGGCAUGACGAGGAUCCAGACAAGCCGUACAGCACUCAAUGGCUGCUGGUGCUGUUGGGCAACCUCACAGAGGCAGCCAAGCAAAACAGGAAGCUGGCGCACGUGCUGGAGAAGCUGUGGCGCUUCGCAGACGAGCGACGGCUCAGGGUGCGGCCCCAGGUCUUCCUCAAGGUCCUGGGCAGCCUGCAGCCAUGGGAGCUGUGCCUGCCGGACCUGUGCGUGGCCAUAGAGGUGGUGCGGGAGCACGCGGUGAAGAUGAGCAGAGAGGACUACGACACCUGGCUACUCUCAAGGAUCUCUGGGCCCUGGGAGGCCCAAACCAGAGCAAAUAUCUCAUGACACACACACACACACACACACAUUACCUAUACGCACACUGACAGUCAGUGACG